AUGUUUCUCAGCCGUACAUCCAAAUAUGUCCUCAGGUCUCUAACCCGGACUUCUCAGUUUAGCUUCUGUACUCAGAAGCCAGUCUCUGAAGGACAUAAGGAAGACAAGAAGCAAGGGCAGUAUAAGAAAGAGGAGGUAGAGAAGGAUAUUGAAGAAGGUAGGAAUGGAAGUGAUGAAGAGAGGAAGGAGAAGAGAGGGUUCAGAUUUUAUCCGUUUGUGUAUGGAGUGAAUACUGUACUUUUUGGACUCCUUUUCGCGGAUUUGCAGGAGAUUGAUGCUAAGUAUGAUCAGUUGAUGGGAAAAGCUCUUGUUGAGCUUAAUGCUGAGCAAGAUGGGGGUUCAAGUGAUGGUACUGUGUCAGAUAGAGGUUAUUUUAGUGAGAAUGAAAAAGAAUUUCUUGGUGGAGUUAAUGAAAUCUAUCAAGGAACAAUUUCUACUCAGAUAUAUCCCAAAUUAUGUCUUUUCCCUAUUAUCAAUCCUCUUGCAUUUUGGCUUCAAUUUAGAUAUCAUAAGAGAGGAGGAUUUUGGUAUUGCUCUAUGUUUACAACCAUAAUUUGUGCUCUAUGGACUGGAAUAAUUAGUUUAUGGGCAAUUCAGAGUAUGGCCUCCUUCAAAGCUGUUAAUAACAAAGUACAAAACAACCCAGAAGAACUACUCAAAAUAAUCAAGAGAGAUAAAAAUUAAGAGUAACCAUCUUCAUAUUGAACAUAGAUUAUUUAAAUUCA